UUAAAAUAAUGAAUAUAAAUAAUAUUGUUCAUGGUUAUUCAUUAUUGCAACUGUAUAGUGUUUUAACGUUUGUUUAUUUAUUUAUUUUCAAUUCGACAAAGUCAGGCUAAAAAAAAUGCUAACUUCCCGCUGUUUAAUUAUUUGUAAAAAACUACGUUUCCCAAAAUACCAGAGUUGUUUUCCCCCUUCUCUACAGUAGUUGGGCGUGUGCGCGUUACAGUCUCUGUAGAUAACGAAUGAGCUUGGCAACGAUGUUUACUACAGCCUUUAGGACUGCAUUACCCACAAAGCACUGCUCACCGUUGUCAGAAGUCUUGCUUUCUUGGGUCACUUAUCGAACUCUGGCCGUGUCAGUCAAGCUUACUUUCUCUUAUUUGACGGAAUAAUGCAUUUGUCAGGCGCGGACAUUGGGAAAUUAGGGUACGGACAGGGGCCCGGAGCAGGACCGGCGCCUGGAAGCUGCAAUCCGCGUAAAUUUAGCGAGAAAAUCGCCCUGCACAACCAGCGACAGGCUGAAGACACAGCCGCUUUCCGAGAGGUUAUGAUGGACAUGACUUCCAUCAGGGUUCAGGCUGAGAGAAUUCGGCAAACCGGAGACUUAGUCCCGUACUAUGGAGGAUCGCUGCCAAAUGUCAAUCAGAUUUCAAGAUGUUCCACAGAGACCCAGUACCCAAGUUAUCUCACCCAGCAGCUCCUAGAGGCAGAUGAAGAGUACAGAGACGCACAGCCCAGUCCUCCUGGCAGACUGCACAGGAGACAUUUUGAAAGCGCUCCCUAUCUCUCCACCCACCUCUCACCUCCGCGAGGUCCUUCCUGGAGAAGCAGAACCUGGUCCAGUUGUUCUGCCACUGAGAAGAGCCAGAUGGUCCGUCUUCCUCUGACAGCUCUCAAUAGAACCAACUCUGACUCAGCCCUCCACACCAGAGUGCGAAACACCCAGAAAUCUGUGCAGACCCUGAACCCUCAAUCCAGACACCAUGGGUUUGCACAUCCUGCACCACUGAUUGAAGAAAAUAUUCAAGAGGAGACACAAUCUCACAAACUAAAGAAGUUAUCCUCAAUGGGAUCAUCAGGAUGUGAAACACCUUUUUUUCACAGCUUCCCAUUGGCCGAUCAGCAGAUAUCAUCCAUCCCUGUCCCGGCGACCCUCAGUACUAGCGGCUCUCUUCCAGACCUCUCCAGCCUCCACCUGCCUCCUCCUCUUCCUGUAGGCCAGGAUUCUGAGCCCCGCAGCGGUGCGGAGCAAUCGAGCAACACUUCCACGCACCCUGACCUUAUGGCUGACUUCACCUUACCAGGUCUGUCCUCGUCUCUUCAGGCAUCUUUAAGUAAUCCUUUGCUCCAGUCUUCACUCAGCAAUCCCAUCAUCCAGAGCUGUCUGAGCAGCCACUCCCUGCCCAGCUCUCUCAGCUCCACUUCUUUGCGUCUGUCACUGAGCAACUCUUCCCUGCAGUCAUCGCUCAGCAACCAGUCCCUGCAGUCCUCCCUCAGUAGCUCUUCACUGAGUAACCAGUCCGUCCAAUCAUCUGCCAGCCGCUGCAGCCACAGCAGUGGAAUCGGCAGCUCUCGCUCCUGCUCCUCUUCUUCUCUCUCUGGUUCUCCACAUCUAACAGGCCACACCCACCCUGCCACAUCACGCAAGAGAGCCCAGCUCAGCCCACUCAUUGUGCCCGGUGGAGGAGAGACCCACUGGCAGCAUCCAAAGCAGUUCUCACCCACACUGUCUCCAACCAUGUCUUCUGUAUCCCAGGUUGCUCUCCUCAACCCCAACAAAGUUCUGAAAGAGACGAAGCCACCAGCGUAUCCCUGCACUCAGCACCUCAGAUCCGCUCCUUCACUGUCCCAUCAGCCAAUGCGCCAGUAUUUCCAGCCAGAGGCACAGCAUCAGUCAAUCCCAGAGAUGGAACAAUGGAGUCAAGAUGAACACCACCACACUCACAAACACAGUCGUCCCCUGCAGCAUCAUUCACAAUCACAUGCUAACUAUCAUCAGCAGUUACUGUAUCAUUCCCAGACUGGCCAACCACACAUCUCACUGCAACAACAGCAUCAACAGUACACACAGUUCCAGCCUCAUCAGAUACCUGAGGAGCAGUACCAGUGUCCGGGCCAGUGGCAGAUGCCAUGCCAAGAGGUCCAGUUCCAAAAGCAACCUGUGACUUUCCCCUCUCCAGGUCAAGAUAAAAACUGGAAUCAUGUAACCGGCUCACAUGGCUUGCCACAUGCACAAAUGAAGCGUAGACACUGUAUGCAGAUGCCAGAAGAGCCAAAACUCAUGUCCAAGGUCGCUGUCCAGGAGACUCAUGGAAAGGGAUCGAAGGUCCCUCAUUAUAAGGAAAAUGAAGUAACUGAAGCAAAUCCAGGUUUACAGGAUAGAGGUUUUGAACUGAACAAGGAAUCAUAUGUUGGCUUACAUCUCACCCCUAGUCAGGCAAAGGCCCUUUCCCAGCAGCUUGGAGUGCUUCAAAAGGAGCCUGUAGAUGGCAGUGGAGUGUCAGAUCUCAACUGUGAACCUGCAGAAAGAAUGGAACCGCUAGCACAGAAUCAAAGCUACAGUGCUGGAGAGACGCAAAAUAUGUUCAACAUCAACGUACCUGACCCGUCAUCCUGGCUGGACCAGGACAUAUCAAGUCUGCCGGACUCUGUUUUGGAGUUUGAUCUAGAAACGUUCGGUCUGGACAGUAACUUAGGUUGGCCAUGAAUUUAUCAUAAAAGUGAACCUAAAUGUACAUGUGUGUUGUUAUGAUACACUCAUUUAGACAAGUACACUAUUAAGAGAAUAUCUUUUGCCAGUGGAAUUGAAAAAUAGUUUUAGAGUCAAAUAGAGCGUAAACUGUGAAUUGGCUAAAAGGUUCUUUAAGGGAACAAACAGGAAAUUAUGUUUUAAUAAAUAGUUUUGCACACAGAGGUCCUAAAUAGCAGGUCUAUGUGCCUUAAUAUGCAUUUUUGUUUAUGUUUUAUUAUAAAUAGAACAAAUAGAUUGUUUCUGUACAGUUACAUGAGGUGAAGUCAUGUAUGAGUUGUUUAGGAAAUGUAUAUUUUCACAUUUCAUAGCAUAGAAUAGCUGGGAUAAUAUGGCUGGUUUAGGGUCUGAAUUAACUUCUUUAAUUCAUCAAAAUGACAUCAAAACAUUUUACUCUUUAAUAUUUAGAUCAAAACCAAUUCUGAUAUAAUAAGUUAUGUAAAGAUUUCAUAUCCAAUUUGUUUGCAUGUUAUAGUAUUUGUUAUAGUGGGAUGGGGGUCACUUUUGUGACCACUUGUAACUGACCGUGGCAGACACCUGCCUCUGAAUUUCUAUAUCAUAAUUUUGUUGCAGUUUCAUCUUUCAUCAUUCAUUCAUUCAAAAUGCAGUUUUAUUGUAUUUUCAUAUUAAUUUUGCUCUAUCACUCUCUGGUAGAGUUCAUGUUGUUUUUCAGUAUUUGUCUUCAAUGUGAAAUCAUACAUUUCUGGCAGAAUUAAUAACAUAAUAUGAACAGAAAAACCAUCUGUAAAUUCCGGAAGUAUUACAAUUAAAACGUGGACUAAAAUCUCUAACCCUA